GCGGACCAAUCGCCGCGCGUCUUUCACCCGUCCAAUGGGAGGCGACGCUGCUCUCCACGUCCCCCUCGGAGCCAAUCAGCAGCGAGCUACAGAGCGGUGGGCGGGGCCACCUCCGCGGAACCGAAAGCAAAAGCAAAACGUGGCCGUGAGGGCGGCGCGAGGCGCAGCGACAGCAUCGCGACACCGGCACCUCGCCGUGACACCGCCCCACAGCGCAGUGCCACCGUCCCACGGCGGGAUGUCGCAGCCUGGGGCCGCGUGCUACGUCACGGUGCGCGCGGUGCUGCUGCGGCUGUUCCGUGGAGCUGCUGUGCUGCUAUGGCUGCACUCUGGUUGUCCCAUGGAGCUUCUGUGCUGCUAUGGCUGCACUCUGGUUGUCCCAUGGAGCUGCUGUGCUGCUAUGGCUGCACUCUGGUUGUCUCAUGGAGCUGCUGUGCUGCUAUGGCUGUUCCAUGAAGCUGCUGUGCUGCUAUGGCUGCACUGCGGCUGUUCCGUGGAGCUGCUGUGCUCCAUGUGUUCCAUGUGGUACCGCUGCAGUCCGGCUGCCCCAUGGUGCAGCACGGUGGUCCCACCCCCACUCCUUGCCCCCCUGGAGCAAUGGGUGCUGUUCGUGCCCAGUGUGGCCUGCAAGGUGGUGGGUGUUGCCACCCAGCUGUGCCUCUUUCCGCUAUCAGUGGUUCAUGCAGCAUAUUUACUAACAGAGCCCAGGCAUUUUCACUUUGGGGCAGCGCGGGGUUUUCUGGGAAAGAACAGGAAGCAGCGGCUGAGGGCGGGCCGGGGGGGGUUUCCUGUUCUGUUGCAGACAGCAGCAAAACCAUGGAGGCCGCGGUGCCCCCAGUGUCAGCUCCGCUCUGCCUGGUGCACAACCAGGACUGCAAGCUGUCCCUCAACCCCGCAGCGCUGGCAGUUCUGCGCAGCGCCACUCAGCCAGUGGUGGUGGUGGCCAUUGUUGGGCUUUUAAGCACUGGGAAGUCCUUCCUGGCGAAGCGGAUGGCGCAGAAGUGCACCGGCUCCCCACUGAGCAAUGCGGUGCAGAAGCAAACAAAGGGCAUAUGGAUGUGGUGUCUGCCCCAUCCGUGCAAACCUGGGGUGACGCUGGUGCUGCUGGACACCGAGGGGCUGGGAAAGUCCUGCGAUGAUGACAUCCACAACGAUGCCUGGAUCUUCACGUUGGCGCUGCUGCUUUCCAGCACCCUGGUGUACAACAGCAUGCGCACCGACAGCCGCACGAUGCUGGGGAGUUUGUGUUUCCUGACGGAUCUGAAGAAUUACGUGCGUGUGCGAGCGCAGGUGGAUGGCACUGAGCCGGCAGAUGAGUUCGCCCGUGUCUUCCCUGACUUCGUCUGGGUCGUGCGUGACUUCAGGCUGCAGGAGGGCGACCGGCCCAUCAGCGCGGAUGAGUACCUGGAUCAGAUACUGCGCCCACAGUUGCGGUUCACUCUACUGAACUACCAGGGGAACAAACAGGUGCAGCAGUGCCUACGCAGCUUCUUCCCCCACCACAAGAUGUUCAUGCUGGAGCGGCCGGCGGCUGACAGAGACCUGGCGCAGCUGGAGCUGCUGCGGGAGGAUCAGCUACAGCCACGCUUCAGGCAGCAGGAGGAGGCCUUCUGCCAGCACAUCUGGAAAGAGGCGCCAGUGAAGAUGCUGCUGAACAGCAGCCCGGUGACAGGCAGAAUGCUGGCGUGCCUGGUGGAGACUUACAUGGCAGCCAUCAGCGCCGGCUCCGUGCCCUGCGUGGAGAGCGUGCACACGGCGGUGACGGAAGCUGAGAACAUCGCAGCGGUGGAGGCGGCGGUGGCUGAGUACCGGCGGGGCAUGAAGCAGAACCUGGUGCUGCCCACGGCCUCGUUCAGCGCGCUGAUGGCCGUGCACCAGGACUGGAAGAAACGCGCCAUCACCCUCUUCCUGUCCCAAGUCGUUGACAAAACCGAGCAGCAUCACCAGGCGCUGCUGAUGGACAAACUGGAGGUGGCCAAGGAGGAGUUCUGCCGGCGCAACGAGGAAGCGUCGGAGCAGCGGUGCUGGGCGGUGCUGAGGGAGCUGUGGCUGGACAUGGAGCUCCGCAUGCAGCGUGGGGACUACGUGGCGCCGGGGGAGACGCGGCUUUUCCUGAAGGACCUGAAGCGCAUGCAGGAGGAGUACAAGAGGAGGCCUGACAAGGGCGUCAAGGCAGAGGCAGUGCUGGAGAAGUUCCUGCGGGUGAAGGGGCUGGAGAUGACCGAGAUGUGGCUCGAUCGGGUGGACCAGCAGUGCAAGGCGGUGCUGGCUGAGGCGAGAGCUGCCACGCAGGCUGUGGUGAAGCAGCUGGAGGAGCACCAACAGCAGCAGGUGGUGGAGAUGAGCAAGAUGUGGAUGGCCAAGGAGAUGGUGGAGCUGAAGGUCUGCUUUUUGGAGAAGCAGCAGAAAGAAAUGUUGGCUGAGGUGACUGCAGCCAAGAAGGUGGUGGAGAAGCAGCUGGAAGAGCAGCAGCAGCAGCAGCAGCAGGUGAUGAUGGCUGAGGUGACUGCAGUCAAGAAAGCGAUGGAGAAGCAGCUGGAGGAGCAGCAGCAGGUGAUGAUGGCUGAGGUGACUGCAGUCAAGAAAGCGAUGGAGAAGCAGCUGGAAGAGCAGCAGCAGCAGCAGCAGAAAGUGAUGUUGGCUGAGGUGACUGCAGCCAAAAAGGCGGUGGAGAAGCAGCUGGAGGAGCAGCAGCAGCAGGUGACCCUGGCCAAGCUGACAGCUGGCCGAGAGGCAGCGGAGGCACAGCUGGAGGAGCAGCAGCAGCAGGUGAUGUUGGCUGAGGUGACGGCGGUCAUGAAGGCUAUGGAGAAGCAGCUGGAAGAGCGCUGGCAGCAGUGGGCGCAGCAGCUGCAGGAGGAGCAGAGCCUCGUGCUGUCCCAGCGCCUGGAGGAGCUCGAGGUACGGCUGCAGGAGGGGCACGGGCGCGAGGCGGCAGCGCUGCAGCAGGUGGAGCUGAUGCAGGAGGAGGAGCAGACAGUGCCCUCCUGGCGCUCCACGCUCUUGAAAGUCCUGGACAAAGUGGUCGUGCCGAUCCUGAUCAGAGUGGUCAACAGUAUGGUGAACAACGCCGCCUAAAUGGACUCCUAACAGAGCGUGGGCUCUAUAACUGCCCACGCUGAACCUCGCCGGGUUCCUCCCUGCCUGCCCAGCUCCCCUGAAUGGCAGCAUGGUGCUCUGCUGCGUCAGCCGCUGCUCCCGGCUCUGGGCCAUCAGCAGACUUACAGAGGAUGGAUUCUUCCCCUUCCUCCAGGGCGCUCAUGAAGAUGUUGUUGAACAAGACCGGACCCUGCACGACCUGAGGAGAUUCUGCCAGUUUUGCUCCGUUUUUACUCUUGGUGGCACUCGAGUUGCCCGUGGUGGUGCUCAGGAUGCUGGCUGCAGAAUCCAAGAUGCUGGUGGCAGCACUCAGGAUGGGGACGCACUGAUGGGACAUCCCAAAUUUGGGGGUUAUUUUGUACUAAAAACGGCACAGGAAAACCA